AUGGCUACGCGUGCUCAAGAAGACUCAAAGCUGGUCGAGGACUAUGACCACGAGGACAAGAUCGAGGUGUCGAGUGUCGCCAGUUCGAGCAAGCUGCCGGCUGCUGCAACGUCGACGACCAUACAGCUCAAGAUCCAAGGUAUGCUUUGGCUUGCGUGCACGCAAUGGCGCUGCAGUGCGACGCGCGCCGUUUCCGCGAGCGCAUGUAUGCUUCCCGCUGGGGCAAUAUGCUGACCGAGCCCUCGUCCGUGCACACACUCGUCUCGGGCAGGUAUGACGUGCGGUGCCUGCGUGGCCAGCAUCGAGAAUGGACUCCGUGAUCAACCAGGGAUUCUGUCGGUCAAGGUCGCACUACUGUGAGCACGCCAGCUCGACCGACACACCGAUUCGACUCGGGCGCGGUGUGGCGGCGUCUAUUCCGCGUAGUUCGCGCUCGCUGGCUGACCCAUCGCACCGCCCCCCCUUAUCCAAUGCAGAGCGGAACGAGCCAUCAUCGAGUGCGAUUCGUCCGUGUGGUCACCAGAAAAGCUCACAGAAGUGCGUUCGACUUGGGGCAAACUGCCGUGGUGUGGCAGACCUCACACGCCGUUGCUAGAUUGACGGGGCUGGGUCAGCUGACCUGCGGCUUCGAUUGGCAACCACAGGAAGUCGAGGACAUGGGAUUCGAAGCGCAGCCCAUACUUCCCGUCCCCCAUGACACGGUGUCAUUGCAGAUCUAUGGCAUGACGUGCGUUGUCUCACCCUCUUCGUCUUCGUCGCCCCACGUCUUUGUGCAUCAACUGACGCUUCGCUCGGUCCUCCAAUCUUACCCGCCCCACUUGUACCUGCAGCUGUGGCGCAUGCGUUUCCUCCAUCGAGUCCUCCGUCUCUUCGACACCGGGGAUUCUCUCCGUCACCGUCUCCCUAGCAACCGAGCGCGCCACCAUCACCUACGACCCGACCCUCAUAUCCGGUGCUCGCGAUCUCGUCGACCUUGUUUCGGACGUCGGUUUCGACGCGACGCUCGUGUCGGACGAGAACAACGCUGUGCAACUGCGGUCCCUUGCGCGCACAAAGGAGAUCUCCCAAUGGAAGCACUCUCUACAGCGCUCGCUCUGCUUCGCCGUACCCGUCUUCUUCAUCUCGAUGAUCUUCCCCAUGGUGUCGGCGCUGCGCCCCAUCGUCAACCUGCGACUGGUGCGGGGAAUCCACCUCGGCGACUUCGUGUGCUUCCUUCUCACGAUCCCUGUGCAGUUCGGAGUCGGAGGUCGCAUCUACGAGUCGGCAUGGCGGGCGCUGCGCCAUGGCUCGGCGACGAUGGACGUCCUCGUCGUCUUUGGCACGACCGCCGCCUUCAUCUAUUCGACCGCGACGCUGCUGCUGGCGCCAUUUUCCAGCGACGCAGACUACCACCCCAAGGUUUUCUUUGAGACCUCGACGAUGCUCAUUACCUUCAUUAGUCUCGGGCGGUACCUCGAGAACCUCGCCAAGGGCCAAACGAGCUCAGCACUGAGUCGACUCAUGUCGCUCUCCCCGAGCCAGGCGAUCAUCUACACCGACGCGCCGACGUGCCUCAAAGAGAAGAGGGUCCCGACCGAGCUAGUCCAAGUCGGCGACACGGUCAAGAUCGUACCAGGGGACAAGAUCCCGGCCGACGGGACGGUGCUGCGAGGCGAAUCGACCGUCGACGAGAGCAUGGUCACGGGCGAAGUGAUCCCCGUCCACAAGGUUGUCGGUGAGGCGCUCAUUGGGGGCACGGUCAACGGUUCGGGCACGUUCGAUAUGCUGGUCACACGCGCCGGCAAGGACACAGCCCUGGCGCAGAUCGUGCACCUCGUCGAAGACGCGCAGACCUCGAAGGCGCCGAUCCAAGCCUUUGCGGACAAGGUUGCGGGCUACUUUGUGCCGAUCGUCAUCGCCCUCGGCAUGCUGACGUUCAUUGCGUGGAUGUGCAUCGCCCACACUUCGACGCACCUGCCCCAUGUUUUUGCCGAAAAGGGGGCGACCAAGUUCAUGGUAUGCCUCAAGCUGUGCAUCUCGGUCAUCGUUGUCGCAUGCCCCUGCGCUCUCGGACUCUCGACCCCAACGGCGGUGAUGGUUGGCACCGGAGUCGGCGCUCAGCACGGGAUCCUCAUCAAAGGCGCCGGACCCCUCGAAGCGAGCCAUCGCGUCGAUCGCAUCAUCCUCGACAAGACGGGGACGCUGACCGUGGGCAAGCUCGCCGUCGUUGGGGUCAAGUGGUCCCAUCCUCGCUCGGUCCUAGCGGAUCUCAAAGAGGCAUCCCCGUCCAUGGUCAAAUUUUCUCGUCAAGAAGACAUCAUGCUCCUGCUCGCGGCGGCCGAGGCCAAGUCAGAACACCCGCUCGCCAAAGCUGUCGCGUCCUGGGGUUUGCGAGAGCUCGGUCACCACAUCCUCCCCCCUUCCAUUCAAGUGUCCGAAUUUGAGAGUGUGACGGGUCUCGGCGUCAAGUGCAACGUGUCGGGCAACUUCCCCUCGCUGUCGGAUUCGCAGGUCGGCCAUACCCAGCACUCGAUCGAGAUCGGAAACGCCGCGUUUCUCGCGGAAUCGCACAUCGCCCCUGACGCGUCGCACGCUGCUUUCCGGGACCGUGAAGAAGGGCUCGGACGGACCUGCGUGUUCGUCGCCGUCGAUGGGGCGCUCGCUUGUUCCAUCUCGCUCGCCGACACGAUCAAGGGCGAAGCGCGUCAGGCCAUCGACGCAUUGCGCAUGAUGGGGAUUCACGUCGCGGUCGUCACGGGCGACCAACGCGCUACAGCGGUCGCCAUCGCUGCCGAUGUCGGGGUCGCGCCCGAGGACGUCUACGCCGGCGUCAGUCCGAACGGCAAGCGGUCCAUCGUCGAAAAGCUGCAAAAGCAAGGCCACCAAGUCGCGAUGGUCGGCGAUGGCAUAAACGACUCCCCUGGACUGGCCGUAGCCGAUGUUGGGAUCGCCCUCUGCACGGGCACGGACAUCGCUAUGGAAGCCGCGGACAUUGUUCUGAUGAAGGCCGACUUGCUCGACGUUGUGGCUGCGAUCGAUCUAUCGAGGCGCAUCUUUCGCCAGAUCCGACUCAAUUUCAUAUGGGCCACGGUCUACAACGUCUUUGGUGAGUCCGACAAGCUUUUCCGCUUCUCUAAUCCCGUCAUACGAAAUGCCUACUUACGACGUAGUGGUCUAUUCAUCGUAUACAGGCAUCCCGCUUGCGAUGGGUGUCUUCCUGCCCUGGGGUCUCCACCUGCACCCUAUGAUGGCUGGGGCUGCAAUGGCCUUCUCGUCCGUCUCGGUCGUCGCUUCGUCGCUGACCUUGCGAUGGUGGCGUCGCCCCCGAAGCGCUCGUCGACCCGACGAUCCGGCCGGAGAUCGUGCCGAAGGCUUCAUCUCCGAAGUCCUUGGAGCUGCGUGGGACUCGAUCGGCUCGAUCGUCAUCUCCCUUCUUGCGAUACUCCGGGGUCGCGGCUCCUCUCGAGCUCGGGCCACCGAUUCAGCGAUGACGCGGCGUCCAAGCGAGUAUGGACUUUUACCCAACGAAGUGGACGAGGACGAGGACGAGGACGAAUCGGAAGAUGAUAUCCCCAUGGUCGGAGCAGCGUCGUUGCCUCGUCGUACCGAAGUCGUGUAG